UUGGCGUGCUUUUUUUUUUUAGCUCUUCCUGGUCGGCACGGUGCUAGCUCAUCAACGGACACUAUGGAGACCAAAACACCGAGCCGGGAAUAUGCAUGGUUUCAGACGGGUGGUAAUGGCGCUGAUGAAAUGAAGAAGGGUGACGUGCCCGUUAAUGAGCCACAGUCAUUGUCGAAAAAUGCAGCCAGGAAACUUGCACGAUAUGAGAGGGUAGUUGCUGCCCGAAAGGCAAAGCGGCGGGAAAAGAAACAGGCUCGGAAAAAAAGAUUAGCAGCUGCAAAAGAACUGGAAUCUUUCAAGUCCGAGGGUCAGUGCUCAAUGCCUGUCAGAUCGGUAAAAAAGGAGCCAGACAACCUUGACUCUUCGGCAGCCUCUGGAGUGCCUGCUCCAUGCAUAUGCAUUGAUAUGGGGCAUACAGAACUCAUGAGUGAAAAGGAGCUGAAUAAACUGUCAUCACAGUUACGAAGGUUGUAUGGCUCUAAUCGUCAUAGCUGCACUCCCUUGAAACUCUACUUUACUAAUUUCCCUUCAUCUUGCCGCCUUUACAAGACGUGCGUUGAGAAGCACCAAGGAUUUGAAAGGUACUCGGUGGAGAUGAGAGCAGAAAGUCAUUCCCAGCUUUUCCCUAAGGAGUCGCUGCUCUACUUAAGUCCAGAUGCACCUGAGGCCCUUCCAUCUACACCCUUGGAAUCUAACACUGUUUACGUUAUUGGAGGCCUUGUGGAUGAAACUGUUCAUAAGAACGUUAGCCUGAGCAGUGCAUAUGCAGAAGGCAUACAGUGUGCACAGCUGCCAAUUGAUGAAUUUAUGGAGCGCUGUGGGGGUACAGGCUGCAAGAUUCUUACUGUCAAUCAGGUGUUCGACAUCUUGUUGAGUAUACAUGAGACUCAAGGAGACUGGGCCAACUCUUUGGCAAAAGUAAUUCCAAAAAGGACAGGCCUUUGCAAGAAGCAGUCUUCCUUGUAACCUUAGCCUUCAACCACUGCAAACACAACAAUGGGAAGCCCCGACAAGCAUAUGGUGACAGUGAUGCUGGCUGGAGUUUGGAGAAGCGCCGGCGAUGACAUACAGACUGCAAAGCAAUUUGAAGUCUAGGAAGAAAAGAAAUUCAUUCAGACAUCAAAUUUUCUCUGGAAAGUUGUUUUUGUCUGCCUGUUUAGUUUUACCUCUGUGAAGUAAAUAGUAAUAGAUACUGUAGAGGUUGUGGAAGAAUAUUUGACUAAGAGCGAGA